AUGCGCAUUUCAUGGCGACUCGGCUCCGGGUACGUCGAGUCGGUGGAUGACUACAUCGGCGUGUUGGUGCCUUUGGAGGAAGCUCAUCUUUACAGCCAAGCGGCUAAAGCGAAGGACGCAGGCCAUGGGGAAAUGCGGGAAGAGGGUGAGAUGGAUGAUCUGGAGAUGAAAGAAGAACGCGAGGGCAUGCUUGGAGGUGAUGCUGCUGAGUAUACAGUUGAUGGUCUACGCAAAGAAAUGAGAGAAGGGCGACGAGGGCAAUGGACGACAUAUGAGAUCAAAUCAAAGCUCAUGAACAAGGCAAUCGGAGAUAUCGGCAUGGGCAGUUACAACUGGCAGCUAUUCGUUCUCUGUGGAUGUGGAUGGUUCGCCGACAACCUUUGGAUGCAGGGAGUGUCACUCUGCCUCCCAUCUCUAUCAGGAGAAUUUGGUGUGGAUGAAAAGACAGUUCGAUACACCACCAGCGCCCUGUUCGUCGGUCUAUCGAUUGGUAGUUUCUUCUGGGGUAUUGGCUCUGAUUUCCUCGGUCGCCGCAUUGCCUUCAACACUACUCUGCUUAUAACCAGUGUCUUCGGCAUCAUGUCCGCUUAUGCCCAAAGCUGGGGCAGUGUUUGCUUCUUCUUUGGUGCCCUGGGUUUCGGCGUUGGCGGCAACCUUCCUGUUGAUGGUGCUCUCUUCCUGGAGUUUCUCCCUGAUGCUUCCAGCGCUCUGCUCACUCUGCUGUCCGUCUGGUGGCCCUUUGGACAGCUUGUCUCAUCUCUGAUUGCAUGGUACUGUAUCGGCAACUGGCCAGUUGAACAGGGUUGGCGAUACUUCAUUGUCACUAUCGGCAUUGUCACUUUCGCCAUGUUUGUUGUCCGAUUCUUCGUCUUCCACCUCUUCGAGUCACCCAAGUUCCUUCUCAACAAGGGUCGUCAACAUGAGGCAGUGGCUGUCAUUCACGGUCUGGCAUACCGUAAUGGUACCAAAACUUGGCUUACCUCGGAGCUCCUCGACAUGGUUGCUUGUGAGGAUGGCGAGGAUCUAGCCCAUGUUGCAGAGAAAAGGAUUCCUGCUCCAUCGACCAUGGGUUUCCUCCGCGAGAAGCUCCAGUCAUUCUCUGGAGAGCGUCUGCGACCUCUAUUCCAGAAUAAGACCCUCGGCAUGGCAACUUCUUUGAUCUGGUUCUGCUGGGCCACAAUUGGCAUGGGGUAUCCCCUUUUCAAUGCCUUCCUUCCUCAAUACUUUGCUCGUGCGCACAACGAAGCGUCAGAUAACAUGCAAUCCGAAACAGACACCAUCUCGUCAGACACAUACCGUAACUACGCCAUCGCCUCUGUCAUGGGUGUUCCUGGUUCUCUUCUCGCAGCAUACCUUGUUGAUCACCCAUCCCCCUUCCUCGGUCGUCGAGGAACGCUUGCUAGUUCCACGCUCCUUUCCGCGGUGUUCCUUUUCCUCUUUGUCUUCUACGGCACUACAUCAACUGCCCAACUUCUCAUGUCUUGUGUUGAGGCUUUCGCCCAAAACAUCAUGUACGGUGUUCUGUACGCCUUCACCCCUGAGAUUUUCCCUGCUCCUGUUCGCGGUGCUGGUACCGGCGUGGCCAGCUUCCUGAACCGCAUUACUGGCCUUAUGGCACCCAUCAUUGCUGCUACCGUUCCUGGUGAUGGUGCUACCACUCCUAUUAUCAUGUCUGCAGUCCUUAUCUUGUCGGCUUUUAUUGGCAUUUGCCUCAUCCCAAUCGAGACAAGAGGCGCUUCACGACUUUGA